UCAAUAAGGGUAGGGUAUAGUUGUUUAGGUAGGGAAGAAAGAACCAAAAAGUUCCCUCCAAAAUCCAAAACCAUGUCUCUUAUCCUACACAAAACCUUUUGAAGUUGAAUCCAUCACUAUCAUCAAUUCAUCACACAAUCGAAUUUAAUGCCCUUCGAUUCAUCCGUACGAUCAAUGAAGCGCCUCUUCUUUAAAUCCCCAAAUCCCAUCACUCUCUCUCCCUUCCCCGAUUCCCACUCCACCCACAACCGUCGUUUACGUGUCGCCGAUAUUCUUCUCGCCGACGAAGACGCCGCUGCCGCCGACUCCGUUGACUCUUCAAUGAACGUUGUUAAUCAAACGCCACCGCACCGUUCUUCUCGUUCUGCCAAAUGCUAUUCACCUCGGCGGCUCGUUGCUUGGUUGCUGGCGGCUAUGAGGCCGAUGAAGAAGCGCCGGAUUCUGAAACACCGGGAGAAAAUACCGUCAUCUCCGAUGACAAAUGAAUUGAAAGAUAACGAAGAAGAAUCGAGGCAGUUAGAUUGGAACAAUACGUCGUUUAAGCUAGGAGUUGGGUGUGGUUUGCUAUAUGUGAUUGCAACAACUAAAAAUGAGCUUAGCAAGAUGGUUGAGUUGCGGAAAGAAAUGGAAAUAAUCCUUCAAAACAUGAAAGGGGAACUUCAAAGUAAAGAUGUACUUGUUAAGUCAUUGAAACAAUGUGAUGAUGCUCUUGCCUUUUCCAUCACUGAUAUUCAAGAAGUUUCUUGCUCUAGUAGUCACCCUUCAAUUAAUUCACAAAAGCCGUAUGUUCAGCUAGAGUUGAAAUGCAACACGGUUUGUGAUCGUUUUCUAGAGUAUGAUAUAAGUGAACAAGAUGAAUGUGCAGAAGAAAUUAAUGACCUUCAGGCAGAAUUUGAAUAUGAGUUGCAACGGUUGCAGCUGUAUUUGGAUGCAGAAGAUGCAUUCGAAGACGCACCACAAGAAAGAGUUGAGGUUGCUGUUAACGACUCCAGUUCAAAAAGCGAGAGUUCAAGUUUUGGCGAGAUAAUAAUGGAGCCUCAAGAAGCAAGUUAUGAUAUGUCAUUUGGAGUCCCUCCGGUGGAACUGGAGAGAAGGUUACAUGAACUACUUGAAACUAGGCUUCAAGAACGGAUAGUAGAGCUGGAGUCUGCUUUAGAAUAUGCCACGCAAAAGCUCAAUGAGAAGGAGAUAAGGAGUUCUUGGUGGGAAGAUUCUGCAAGACGUAUCCCGGACCAUGUUCCAGAAACCGCUCGGUUUACUUUCCCACUUGAUCCUGAGGCUGCUUUAAAGUUAGUCAAGUUGUAGGAUAGUUUUUUGAAAGUGUGAAGUUGAUUAAUGCGCCACGAUAUUGUUACCGGCAGUGCAGUACUGCGGUUUAGUGACCUGUGCUUCACUUUAUAGAUUCAAAUUUUUUUAUUUUUUGUUUAGUCUUUUGGUGUAAAUGUUUUGUUUGGAGGACGUCUUCAAUAGCUUUGGUUCAUUGUUGGUGAUAACCAAUGAGAGAAAAGAAAUUGAAGGGAGCCAAAUGGCCCGUGUAUGUACUCAAUUUUAAGGUAAUAUAGAUGUCAGUAAGCUACUAGUAAGCUGUAUUGUGAAAUUUCUCUGGAUUUAGCAGUGAACACAAACUCAAGUUUUUGUUUUUGAUUCA